CAAAAUGCUUUCAUCAGCCGCUCCGAUCCAUUUGGCUGCUCUAAAUUUUGCUUUACAGGCCAGUUUGUUAGGAUUUUCCACGUCGAUCAUUCCGGAAGGUACUGGUGAAGUGGAAUUAUUUUCAUCUGAUCGGGCGAUCUCUUCCGAAAAUAUGGAUGAGAGUGAUGAUGGUAAUGGUAGUGGUGCUGGUGGUGAUGGUGAUGGUUCAAAGAAGAGAAAAUAUUGGAGAGAAGAAGGUGAUGAGGAUAAUCCGUUGCAAAAUAUUGUAUUUGUUACUGGUAGAAAUACUAAUACACAAUGUUUGAUUGAUAUUGAUGAUUAUGAGAAACAAAUUAAAUCAUUUGUACAAAGGAUGCAAAGGAGAGUAAAUUUUGCGGAACUUGCUGAUUUAAAACCGAAUGGAGAGUUGGGAGAGAAGGAGAAGAACUUUGGAUUGGAUUUGGCAGAGGAUGACAGCUUGAUGACAUACUUGAUCGGAGUUAAAAUUCCUGAUAGAGUGGAAGGUGCAAAGUUUAGGAUAAAACAGAUUGUUAGUUUGGAAAAUGGUACCAUGAUUUUAAAUGAAUGUGAUUCACAAGUUUAUAUUAUUGGUGAUGUUGGAGAUGGAAUACAGUCUGUGGAAACUCUAUCAAAGAUUUCACUAUACGAUGGUGAUUGUAUGGUGGAAGAAAAAAUUGAAUCAAUUCAUAACGGAGCUGAUUUUGCCUUCUUCAUUACCGAAUCUAAUCAAUUGUAUGCUUUUGGGCAAAAUUUACAAAAACAAUUAUCAAUUCCAAAUUGUUCACAUACAGAACCAUGCAAAGCUCAACAAGUAACUUCUUCUUUAUUUCACAAUGAACGACCAGUCAAAGUUGCAUGCGGUUCUCAGCACACAAUACUUGUAACAGAGCAAGGAAACAUUUACUUUUCUGGAAGAUUACAUAAUUUUGAAAGCUCACAAUUUAUUCUUUGUAGAAUCUCAACAGUCACUACAGAAAGCAUUAGGGAAUACUUAAUUUCACAAAAUAUUGGCAGAAGCAAGGACUUGAUAUUUAAUGGAUAUGUAGUCCAGAAAUCUACGUGCUAUUGGCUUUGGCAAAUAAUGAAUUCUUUAGAUAUCUUCCAUAUUAUCAAAGAUUGGAUUAACUCAUUCUCAUUCGAAAUGGAACAAAUUGGAUUCACUGUUCUGGAAGGAAUUAAUGAAGCACCUAAAGUAGAGGAUAAAACUAUUCAAAGUCAAAAUGCCAUGAAAAGACUUGAAACACUUAUCCAACUGAUAUCAUCUGUUGAAGAACAUAUCACUUCCAAUGAUAUUAUUCAAUUAUUAAUAGCAGUAUUUAAGGAUGGAUAUCUUCAAGCAGGAAAGUAUUCUUCAUUUGAAACACUAUUUUUGAGAGAUUUAGCAUACUUGAUUUUCACUGAAAUAAUUACAAAUUAUCAAUUCGCAAUUCAAAUAUGCACUCUACUUUCUCUAGACAUUUUCAGUGAAAUUGAUUUGACAAAAAAUAUCACUGAACUGUUUGUUUUGAACAUUUCACAUAAGAGAAAGGAUCUCAUUUUCUUUGAAAAUCAAUUUUGCUUUACUCAGAAAGGUUAUCAAGGAGUUCAUCAACUUGUUAACACAUUUUAUGAAUCAUUUAUUGUUACUAAAUGUAACAAACUUUAUCACUUCCCAGCAAAGGGUUACGCUGCACAUUUACUGACCUUUUCUCUUCUGAAUCCUUUCCUGCAAAUAGGGCCAAAAGGAUGCGAAAAUUUCAGGAAUAGAAAUGAUAUUAAUAAUGAGUCAAAACGACAUGUUGUACCAGUCGAUGCCUACUUUGAUAGCGAUACACAAUACUUUAGAGCCUUUACGGAUGUUCUUACAGAAUCAGGAUCAAUACUAAUUGGAGAUGCAUACGAUAACUGGAAGGAAAAUUUAGAAGUUUUGACACUCAUUGAACGUAAUGAUCUGACUAGGAUUCAAAAUCCUCUUCCUUAUCCAAUUUUGAUUGAAAAAUCUGAUUUUGAAUUUAAAAUGUACUUUAAUACUUUGGAAAAUAGGUUACAUGGUAAUAUUGUAAAUAUUUCUAAAUUACCAGAAGGUGUUAUUUUUUCACUAGAAGACUAUACCAGCUUUAUUUUAGGAAGUAAUGCUUAUAGUGAGAUUGGCUACCCGUCAUUUUACAAUGCUACGAAAAAUUUAGAUUCUAGAUUUAUUACGGGUAUUCACAAUUCUAACUAUUUGAACAAAAUGUUAGUUCCUUUCCAAUAUCAUCAAGCUAAUAGCUCAAUAAGAGAUGAUAGAACAUUCUUCUUCUCUGGAGACUCAUCUGGAAUCAGAUCAAUAAGUGCUGUACCUGAAAAUGAAGACGAGCAAGAGGAUGGAACUAAAUUUAUCAAAGAGAGUGAAAAAAUGGUUCAAUUUAAUCAUUUGUCUUUGCUAAAGGUUAGAUUUGCUCCAUACUUAGCUAGAUAUGGAUAUGAUUUGAACCUGAGUAUUGGAUUGGAUAAUAUGAUUGUGUUUUUUACCAAAAAGACAGAACACAACAAUAGUUGGAUUUUCAUGAUUAGAAAACUUGAAAAAUUAGUGGAUAGUUCAAGAUUUGCUGACUGCGAGUUUUUAUUCUAGAAUAAAUCACUACAUUCUGGAAUUCCAUUAGAAACAUGUGUUUAUUCUACCACGUAAAAACUUCCUUAUGGAGAUGGAAUCUAAUUCCAUUUCUUUCAUUUGCAUCCCAAAUGGCAUUCGAAACUGAAGUUACCAAUUGUUCUGGACCACAAACUAAAACACCAACAUAUGCAUUCAAUUCUC